AUGAACAUCAACAUUCCAAAUCUCAUCAAAUCCGCCGUCCCAGAGGCUGAGGGGCGCAACGUCCAGAUCAUCUCAGACAACAGGACCAAUCACAGAGACCAGAACUUUCUCUCGGGCGAUUUCCCACGCAAUCCUCCAAAACUUUACAUAACCGGUGAAAAUGACGAUUUUGACGAGGUCACUCUAGCUGAGUGGAGAGAUGAGGGGUUUGAUGUAGAGUAUAUCUCAAUGGAGAGCUGCGGUGAUGGAUAUCUGAAGAAGAUCAAGUCGUUGAGCAGGGAAAACUUGGGUCCCUGUGAAAAGUUUGGAAUCGUCGCCUACGAUGACGCAGCAGCUAUUUGUCUCGAGCACUUUCACAUUCUCGACAACAACCCCGAAUUCAAGCUCGGCCUUCUCAUCGCCUACUACCCAACCCGCAUCCCAGAUACCAAUGGAAAGUUCCCCAGCAGCAUUAGCGCCCUUGUUCAUCUAGCAGCAGGCGAAGAAGUCGGUGUUGUCAAGCAAUCUCAAAUGGUGGGUAUCCAAGGCAAGAAACGCGUGAGGCGCACCAAGAUCCAGAGUGGCAUGGGCACUGGCGGGAAGCUUGACCUCGCAUAUCCCAGCUACACAUAUGAAGCUGAGCCUGGCUUCGCUGAGCAUGAUCUGGAUGAGUAUGAUGCUGUUUCGGCGGAGCUGGCUUGGAGUCGAAGUUUGGCUGCGGCUAGGAAGGUGUUUGGCAUCAACCCGGAUCUAGAGCUUGUUCUCGAGCAUAACUUGCAGAGUAAAUUCUUUUCUAAGAACCUCGGCAAAGCAUUAUCGACUUUCACCACGCACAAGACCCCUCACGUCACUUACAUGCCAACUCUAACCGGUGCAACUGGCGCAGCUGAGCUGAAGCGCUUCUACUCCGAAUCAUUCACAACUCCGCCCUCACUCAAGAUCACAUUAUUAUCACGUACUAUCGGAGUUGAUCGCGUUGUCGACGAAAUGCACGUUCAGUUCAAGCAUACCGAGCAAGUCCAGUGGAUGCUCCCAGGAGUUCCACCUACGAACAAGAAGAUUGAGAUUCUCAUGGUGAGCAUCGUUGCAGUCAGAGGUGGAAGACUGUACCAGGAGCAUGUCUACUGGGAUCAGGCCAGCGUGUUAGUCCAAGCAGGACUUCUCGAUCCCAAACUACUGCCGCAGUCGGCAAAGGAUCUUGGUGUUGAGAAGCUUCCGGUAGUAGGACGACGAGCGGCGAGGAGAGUGUUGAAGAACAGGGAUGCGAGUGACGAUGAGGGGGAGGCGGACAAUGAACUGAUUCCGGGAUGGAACAAGCAAGAGAGCGAGGGUAGCAAGAACAACCAAAAGUAA